CUUCCUUGCCUGGCGGUUGGGGCCGAGUGUGACUGACUGGGAAGCGGUGGCGUACGUGCACAGCGGAGCCGGAGAGUGGCGGCGCAAGCUCCGCCCCUUUCGUCCCGAGGGGCGGGGCCUGGGCUCGCGCCGGCGGAAAAGCAGCGACGACGACGUCGACGGCGGUUGGCGUCCGUCAUUCUCUCCGCUCCCUUCAAGCAGAGAGGAAGGGGAGAAGGAGUGGGAGAGAAGGGGGAGCGAUUGGGAGCGAGAGAGAAAACGAGGCAGGCGCUCCUCCCUUCUCUCCCUCAGAGGCUGCCAUGCGGCGGCGGCGACGGGAGGAGUGAGCCUCUGCGGGAGGCGUGUGUGUGUCGCCCUCCGAGGGGAGGCCGCGGCGCAGGGUCGAGGAGCGGGGCGACGGCCAUGAUGAUGAUGAUGAUGAUGAAGAAGAAGUGAGCCUGCGGAAAGGGAGGCAGCAUGGCCAAUGACAGCGGCGGCGGGGCUGGCGGCGGCGGCCUCAGCAAUGGCGAGGGUUGUUGCGGCGGCGGCGGCGGCUGCAGCGGGGCCCUGAGCGACCGCCAGUACUGCGAGCUCUGCGGGAAGAUGGAGAACCUGCUGCGCUGCGGGCGGUGCCGCAGCUCCUUCUACUGCAGCAAAGAGCACCAGCGCCAGGACUGGAAGAAGCACAAGCUGACUUGCCGGGGCGGAGGCGGCGGGGGGGACUCCCACCACCAAGGGAAUAGCCGAGCUGCCAACGCUGCCGCUGUGGGAGGAGCGGGAGGGGAUGGAGCGGCGGCCAAGAAAGGGGCGGCCAAGGCGGGCACCGCCACCUCGGAGGGGACCACGAACAACCACGUUGCCAAAGAGGCCCAGGAGCAGGAAGGGGAGGAGGAGAAGGAGGCGGCGGCGGCGGUGACGGCUCCAGCCCCCUCCCGGGAGGCGGGCCUGCUCUACCGGGACAAGUCCAACCUGACGGGCGGCGGCGGGGACGCGUCCUCGCUGCGCCCCAACGGGCAGAUGAAGUCUCUGGUGCCGCAGCGGCUGGCGCUGGAGUACAUCGUGCCCUGCAUGAACAAGCACGGCAUCUGCGUGGUGGACGAGUUCCUGGGCCAGGAGCUGGGCGGGCGGGUGGAGCGCGAGGUCCGCGCCCUGCACCUCACGGGCCGCUUCACCGACGGGCAGCUGGUCAGCCAGAAGAGCGACUCCUCGCGGGACAUCCGCGGAGACAAGAUCACCUGGGUGGAGGGCAAGGAGCCCGGCUGCAAGGCCGUGGGGCGGCUCAUGAACAGCAUGGACGACAUCAUCCGCCACUGCAACGGCAAGCUGGGCGACUACAAGAUCAACGGCAGGACGAAAGCAAUGGUGGCUUGCUAUCCAGGCAAUGGGACAGGAUACGUGCGCCAUGUUGAUAAUCCAAAUGGAGAUGGAAGAUGUGUCACAUGUAUAUAUUACCUUAAUAAAGAUUGGGAUGCCAAGGUAAGUGGAGGUAUUCUUCGAAUAUUUCCAGAAGGCAAAGCCCAGUUUGCUGACAUUGAACCUAAAUUUGAUAGACUGCUGUUUUUCUGGUCUGACCGCCGCAACCCUCAUGAAGUGCAGCCUGCAUUUGCUACACGGUACGCAAUAACAGUGUGGUAUUUUGAUGCAGAUGAACGAGCUCGUGCUAAAGAAAAAUACUUAACAGGUGAAAAGGGUGUGAGGGUUGAGCUCAACAAACCUUCUGAUUCAAAUGGGAAAGACCUUCUAUAAAGCCUUUGAUCUAGCAAUUCCUUGGCUCUUCUCCCUGCUCCCAAACAGUCCUUGGCACUGUCUAUAACUUUUGAAUGUGAAUAAUAAGAUAAAGGAAAAUCAACGCCAAAUCAACACUUGGAAUAAAUAAAUAAUAGGUUUCAGUGUUGCAUCAAAUGGAUUUUGUAAUUGCUGAAGCAUUGUACUACAUGAUUGUGACUUCAGUUCUGUGACUGCUUAUAUGAAGAUAAGCAUUGAGAAGAAACAGCUUACACAUGAAGUGCCCUACACAGAAGAUUUUGAUCAUUCAUAUUUUGCCAUUCAGUCAUCCAGCUCAAUGUUACUCAUCUUCCUCUUUUAAAAAAAAAAGGAAAGUGGUAAAGAUCUGAAUUUUUUAAUUUUAUUAUUUUGAAUAACCAGGUUCAACUGAUCAAAAUUAAGCAAAACAAAACAUUAUUCCACAGAAUACCAUUUAUCUGGGUUUUUUUUUAAAUUGCUAUUCACACUGUUACCUUACCAUGUAAAACCUAAUUUAAAUAAGAAUUGCCAGUAACUGAUGAUCACUUUGUCUUUUCAUUUAAAAUCCAAAAAGGAGCACUUUAAUUACUAUCUGAACCCAAUUGUUUUUAUUUUCAUAUCUUACACUAAUUUGAACAUUUUAAAAAGAUUGCUGCUGUAUUGUGUUCUCUGAAACUUUUUAAAAACUGAAACAGAUGCCUAUCUCGCUGUCAAUUACUUUGUUAAAUUUGUGGUUUUAUAUGUUGAAUGCAGAGAGCAAGCAUUCUGUAUCUUGUCUCAUUUGGGUUUUCUAAGUGACUGGCUUGCACUAAGUGGACUUGACGCUAUCCGUACUGUCCUUGCUAUUGAAAACCAUGGGUACAAUCCAUUGGGAAUUUCAUCUGUGAAAGUCACUUGAUAGAAGUGAAAAUCAAAAAUUCAUUUCAAGAAUGCAGCUGUGCUUUUGGGCAACUCCUGCUGCUUUUAGUGGGGCUUGUAUAGAUGAAUUAUCAAGUGGACAAUACCCAUAAGUACCAUCAGAUCCCUUUAAUACAAGGGCUUUUCUAGGCUUUUAGAUGUACCAACAAACACCCUUUCUACUACCUUGGUGGGAGUUCUCUGUUUUGACUCUUUACAAAAACGUUACUUUCUUCCACUAUAAGGCAAUGCAACUUAAAAACAGAGAUGAUGUGUUCUCUUAAAGCAGUAGUAUUCCUUCUCAUUUGCAGUUUAGCCAAUUGAUCUUACAUAAUGUCAAGGCUGUAUUCAGUGCAUUAAGACUGAAGUGCAUCACUACAGCCUUAAUAAUCUAAAGGUUUUCAUACUGCUGAGAAAGUUUAACAUUGGCCUCUGAUCAAUAUGGAGAUGUUUUUGACAAGGGAAAAUAAUUAGUUACUUUAAGAUGAAGAAGCAAUAAAGUUCCCUCAUCCAGGCAUUUUGAAAUAUUUGUUUGGAAGGGAUGGGUGUGUGCUCAAGAGUAACCCCUGAAGGGAAGCUUCAAUUCUACCAGCCUUAGAAACAUGAGCCUCCCUACAUAAUGUUCCAUCAUCUGUCCCUUGAUUCCCUCACUCAAGCAGAACAAUGUGAGUGUACAGAAAUAUUUCUGCAUGUACAACUUGGACAAUUUUAGCAUCUGUAUAGUUUGUAUUAUUAGAGACCUUUUCUAUGGAAAGCUCAGUAAUUUUUAUUAAAAAUAAGCUUACUAUUCAUGUAAAACAUGAAAAAGGCGUGUGUUUAGUGACAACUGAUAGAAGAGGGAAAUUCAGUAUUGUGAUAGCAUAAUAGGGGAACUUGUGACAAGAGUUUUUGGGGUUUUUUUGUCCCUUCCCUCACCCCUGCAAAAAGAAGCUGUCAAAACUUUUAAGAGUUUGAUUUUUCUCUUCAUCCUGGUAAAUCAGAAGAAAACAUCUCUACUGUAAGUGCCUCUGCAAGCCUGACCAAGGAGUGUAAAUCUUCUUUUCUGUCUGGUCUGCAGUGCAAUGCACUGUUUUAGGCCUAAAGAACACCAUUUCUAACUUUUAACUGCUUUUGUAUUAUGUUUGAUAUGUUAGAAAUGCACAACAUAAGCCUUUACAUUUUUGUUUGUCCCUCUGUUCAAAGUAUCAAUGUCUUACAUUUGUGCUUGCUGAGAGAUUUAUAUGUGCUUAAAUCUCUUAAUUUGUUAUUUACAAAAGAUCACCAAACUGGGUCUUAUAACAACUGUUCAGAAAACUGCUCGUGUCAGUUAAGUCUCCAGCCUUGGGUAUCACCAAGCAGGAACCUACCUGUUGCAGACUAUUUUUAAACUGUCUUAUGCCUGUAUGUGUGUUUAGUCCUGGUUAAAGAUAAAGCUUCAUAAUGCUAUCUUUAUUUCAUGACAUUAGCCAGCUGUAAAACACAAGACUUUUAUCUAGCAGGCAAAGAAAUUUCAGGAUUCAUUUGCAGAUUUCCUAUGAAGUCAUGUAACUUUUGAAAAACAGUGUUCAUUACUGAAAGAGCUCUCAAGUUGCUUGUAAAGCUAAUCUAAUUAAAAGAUGUAUAAAGGUUCUUGAAA